GCUGUCGAUUUGAACAGAGGGGACUACACGCGUCUCUAUAGAAACGGGCAGGAAGUAACUGCGGGCAAUUUCUGCAAUGUCCCGCACAGUGAUUCCGUCCCUGAAUGUGGGUGCCUCGACUCCAGAGGCGUUAUCCUUACUACAGCAGCGCCUUUUGGUGGCCGAGGAGCAGGCCGAGGCUCUCAUCAAAGACAUGAACAGUUUAGGGGUCUCCAGAGAGCGGCUGCUGGAGCCGGUGGACGUCCAGCGUCCUGUUAGCCCCCUCAAGAUGAGGCAAAUACUCGGGGGAGCAGAGGGGGGCGAAGGGACUCUGUGGCGCCAGUGCAACUUGUUGGUGAGCAGAGUGUGUCGUGUGGAGAGUCUGCUGCAAACCCUCAAGCUCACCACCUUCCGCCUGGAGACAGAGCGAGAGAUGGACCCCUCGCACUCGGCCCGCCUGAAGGAGCAGCUGGCAGUACUGCAGCAGGAGAGUGAGGAGGAGCAGAGGACCUCCAUGAGGGAGGUGAUGAAACUGAGGGACCAGCUCUGUCAGGCCUGUGUGGACAGAGAUGAGGCCCAGCAGGAGGUCCACAGGCUGGCUGAGGCCCUGGAGCAGGCCACCACUACUAAGAUGGAUGUGGCUUUGGCUGCUGAGGAGUUGAAGGUGAUUAAAGUCCAGAUGAGCGAGAAACUGACAGAGAUGGAGGAUCAGGUGACCCAGGAGUCUGCUCGCUCUUUCAAGGCUUUCAAAUCCCAGAGUGAGCUCCUUCAGAGGGUGGAGGAGAUGGAGAGAGUGGUGGAGAAGGAGAGAAGACAGGCUCAGAUGGUACAGGAACACUGCAAAGCCCUUGGUUCUGACGCACAGUCUGUCAGAGAAAGACUACAGGAAGAGGAGGAGAGAGGGCGGAGACUGCAAGAGGAGUGUCAGCAGCUCAAAGAUCAGACCGAGGUGAAAGAUUGCUUGGUGUUUGAAUUGACUAAUGAACUAAAAAGUGCACGGCUGGCCCUGCAGAAGCAGCAGCAGGAGAACAGCUGGCUGUUGAAGGACGGUGUGGAGCUGAGAGCAGUUGCAGACAAACUACAGGGUCUGAAUGACCAGUUGGAGAACCAGUGCUCUGAACUGAGUGCUGCCCAACGUUCUGUCACAGUGGCGAACGCCAGGCUACAGACUGAACACCAAGCGAGCAUCAAGGCGGAGAGAGGUCGCGUGGUCCAGCAGAUACAAGAGCAAGACCUGAUACUGGAGGCAGCCAGACGCAACAUCCAAGGGGAACUGAAGAGGGCUCUGUCGGAGAAAGUUCAACUGCAGUCGGAGCUGGAGACUCUGAAAGAUGAACACACCCUGCUUGUUCAGAGUUCCACGGUUACCCAGGAGACAGCUGUCACUCAGAGGCAACUGCUGGAGCGUACCAUUGAGAGGUUACGGGGGGAGCUGAAGACCGCCCAAAAAGACAGAGAUGUCAUGAGACAAAACAGGGACUCUGCUAAAACCGAGAUAUGUGUAGUGGUCUCUAAGCUUGAGGGAGAGAGGAGCUCACUGGAGCAUCAACUCACUGAGACUAAGCAAGAGGCGGAGACUCUGAGCUCCACCUUGCAGAGACUGGAAGGAGAGAACAGGAGGCUCAUGGGAAAGUUGGCAGCAAUGGAGCACCAACAGCAUGCACAGCAGCAGGUGGAACAAAUGCUGGAUGAGCUUACUGACAACAAGAGCAAGCUGGCUUAUGAGAAAGGAAAACUACAGAAGAGAGUGGAUCAUCUUGAGGAGGAGCUACAAGCUCUGAAGGAUGCCCGGGUAGAAACUGUGCAACAAAACGCGGCCAGCACUUGUCUGGAGAACAAGUACACGCAGACCAGGGAGGAGGUGCAGGCCCAGCGGGGGGCGGUGGCGGUGGCCUUGGCGGAGAGGGAGCGCGCCGUGUCGGCGCUCCAGAGCUCGAGGGAACAGCUUUCCCGUCUGCAGGAGCAGCACAGGGACAAGCAGGGUGAGCUGGGGGGUGCCUCCCGGGGUGGGGGCACGUUGUCCCAGACCCUGGAGGGGGUCAUGGCCUCCCACGCCAGACUCCAGCUCAGCACAGAGAGCCUGCAGCAGGAGCUGGGGGGGCAGGAGCAGGAGCUGGCCGCGCUCAGGAGAGACAAACUGCAGGGUCAGAGAGAGGUCGAGAGACUACAGACCGAGGUGAAGAAUCUGCAAGUCAUCCUGCAAACCACUCGAUCAAAGAGAAACAAACUGGGACCCCUGAGAGAAACCUUAGACAUGGCCAGGCUGGACAACAAAAAACUAGCUCUGAGUUUGGAGCAAGCCGUGUUGGCCAACACUACCCUGCAGGGGAAGCUUGACAUGGCUAGAGACCAUCACCAGAAUACCGUCUUACAGAGAGAGGCGGAGCUACACGAGGCCAGGGCACAGAUUGGUCAACUUUCUGAGCAUUUGGAGCACAUGAGUAAAGAGAAGGACUCUCUGAGGAAGGUGUCUAAAACAGAGAUCUCCGAGUUAAAAAAGGCUCUGGAAGACUCUUCUGCCAAGUCAGGUGACCUUUCCCGAGCCAAUCGGGAGCUUCGGGGGAAGGUGUCUGAGCUGGAGAAGAUGGUGUCCAAUCAGAGAGACCGUAUUAAAGAUCAGAAGACCCAGCUAAAGCAACACCUGGAGAGCAGAGCUGUGCUGAUUAACUCCCACAAACUAAAGAACAUGGAAGUGGAGCUGAAGAACGUGGAAGCUCUUAAGGAAGAGUAUGAGAGGAAAAACCUUGAGCAGGGCCAGCAGAUCCAGCAGUUCCGCAGUGAGACCACUUUCCUCCAGAGGGAGCUGCAGCGCCUGUCAUUCAGCCAGGAGGGGGAGCUAGAGUCAGCGAGGGAGAUGAGACUGGCGAUGCAGGACAAGUGUCAGAUGUUGGAGGAGGAGAUCCGGAAGCUGCAGGAGGCCAAGGAUGAGGCCGAGCAGAAGCUGUGGGACGUGAGUCUGGAGUCCCAGCAGAUCUCUGAGAACUUGGAGGAGGCUCACCACUGGUUUCGCUCUAACUUCGACGUUCCGAGGACCAGGACUCCGGGGGGGGGAACCACAGCAGAGCAGGCUGCGUUCCCCAGGCAGCGCUAAAGACGGCGAGCACACCCCCUCUUCCAGACACCGCAGGAAGCCGGCGAGCGACAGUGUGGAACCAGACUGGCAGAGAUGGACCUCCACCAUGCACCGCUGGGAGA